AUGCUGGGCAGCAGCUUUGCUGCUGCGCUGCUGGAGACGCAUGCAGUUGCUGCUCGGUUGCUUGCGUUGCAUGCGCGCGAGGAUUCUCCUGCUGCUCCUGCUGCUGCUGCUGCAGCAGCAGCAGCAGCAGCAGGUACUGCAACCAGCAGCAGCAUCAGCAGCAGCAGCAGCAGCAGCAGCAAGGAGGAGGCGGCGCUGCUGCAGGAUGCUGCUCUCUGUCUGCGGGGCUGGGUACUAGCGUUGGAGCCGACAGCUGCUGCUGCUGCUGCUGUUGAUGCAGCAGCAGCAGCUGCUGCUGCUGCUGCUGCUGGGCGUUACACAGGCAGCGAGGCCUCGCAGCCCUUCGAGCUGUCGCUGCUGCAUGCGGUGCUGGAGAUACGUCCAGCAGCAGCAGCAGCAGCAGCAGAAUCACUGCAGCAGCAGCAGCAGCAGCAGCAGCAGGAGCAGCAAAAGACUGCGUUUCGCGCUGCUUUCAAGCAGCAGCAAGCAACGCAACCACCCACAACAACAACAACAGCAGCAGCAGCAGCAGCAGCAGCAGCUGCUGCUGCUGCUGCUGCUGCUGCUGACUGCGGGUGUGAUAGCUGCAUUCUGCUGCCGAAGCUGCGGCUGCUGUCUCUAGGCGAAGCUCUCGUGCAGCUGCUGUUUCAUAUACUAACAAGGUACGAGCCCCCCCCAGAAGCAGUAGCAGCAGCAGCAGCAGCAGCAGAUGGUGCUGGUACUCCUGCUGCUGCUGCUGCUGCUGCUGCUUCUGCUGCUGCUGCUUCUGCUGCUGCUGCUGCUAGUGCCGCCAAGAAGCAGCGAUAUCAACAGUCUCCUUUCAACAAAUACAGCGACAGCAGUAGCAGCAGCAGCAGCAGCAGCAGCAGCAGCAGCAGCAGCAGCAGCAGCAAAGUAUUGUACAGCAGCCCCUGGGAGCCCAGCGGGUGGGGGGAUCGGGAGAGCAGCAGUUUUGUCUCCUCCCCAUGUUCUCCAUCGCAUGCAGCAGCAGCAGCAGCAGCAGCAGACAGCAGCAGCAGCAGCAGCAGCAGCAGCAGCAGCAGCAGCGAGCAGCAGCAGCAGCAGCAGCUGCUGCUGCUGCUGCUGCUGCUGCUGACUGCGGGUGUGAUAGCUGCAUCCUGCUGCCGAAGCUGCGGCUGCUGUCUCUAG